AAUAAUUGAAUUGUUUAUUUUGCUUGCACUUUUUAUCUACUUUAUAUCUUUCUUCUUUCUCCGAAGUUUAUAUCAUUUUCAAGAAAUAAAGAAAAAGAAAGAGAGUGCCAGAUAAAGUUUUAGCCCAUCAGUAUAAAAUUGAUCGAGUAGAGAUCAGCUGUUUUCUUAAUCUUUUAAUCUUUUUUUCUCGAAAGAAUUAGUGUACGCAUUUUAAAAACAAAUGCAAAAAAGUGCUAUUGAAACGAACAAAAUUUAUUUGAAGAGGAAUUUGAGUUUUCCUAAUUCCUUUUCUAUUACUAGAAAUCUAAUUAUCUGGCAAAUGUGUCACUCCUAACCUAGUUCCCUUGUAUAGAUAACUUUUUCGAGUUGAAAACAAAAUCUACAAAAAAAUACGUUUAAAUUUAAAAUUAAAUAUGUCACACCGCGAUAGUGAUAACGAUAGCAUGCAUAACUUGUUAGAUGAGAAGAGUAUUGAUCUGGAAAAUUGUAGGAAAUUAGUUAGAUCGUACAUCGAUUUGCAUCUGUACAGUGCCGCCUUGUUUUGGGCUGACAAAGUAGUAUCAUUGAGUAAUGAAGAUCCAAAAGAUGUAUGCACUUUGGCGCAAUGUAUGUAUCUCAUGAAACAAUACCAUCGUGCUGCGCAUCUCAUAAAAAGAUAUGGAUUAGAGAAGACUGAUGUUAUGUGUCACUACUUAACUGUGAGGUGUUUAUUAGAAGCAAAGGAAUAUACUGAUGCUCUUCAAGUUAUUAACGAAUCUGAAAUAUGCACCAAUAUAACACAAGCUGGCAUUACAUUUACGGAUCGUAUGGAUAUUUUUCAAGAUGCUCCAAAAAAUGUUCAAAGUUCGAUAUUAUAUGUAAAAGGAAGAGUUUAUGAAGCGAUGGAUAAUAGAGCAGUAGCAACAGAAUGUUAUAAACAAGCUUUACAAUGUGAUGUUUAUUCAUAUGAAGCAUUUGAAGCUUUAGUACAAAAUCAAAUGCUUUCAGCCUCCGAAGAACGAGAACUCUUGGAAUCCUUACCAUUUGCUGAACAAUGCAUGAAAGGUGAAGCAGAACUUCUACGACUAUUGUAUGAUAGUAAACUAAAAAAAUAUCAAGAACCAAAUACAAAACAAUCAUUAAUUACAUGUAAUGUAAUGGGAAUUUGCGUCACUGACAGAUUAGCAGACAAUUUAGAUAUGCAAGUUGCAAAGGCUGAAAGAUUAUAUUAUAACUGUGAUUAUCAUCAAUGUUUCUCACUCACAGAGAUAAUUUUAAAAAAGGAUCCGUACCACAACUCGUGUCUUCCAGUGCAUAUUGCCUGCUUAGUCGAGCUUAAAAAAACUAAUGCUUUAUUUUAUCUGGCGCAUAGAUUGGUUGAUCUAUAUCCGGAAAUGGCUUUGGCAUGGUUUGCAGUUGGAUGUUAUUAUUACACCAUAGGCAAAAGCGACCAAGCAAGAAGAUAUUUAGCAAAAGCUACAGCACUGGACAGACUGUUUGGUCCUGCUUGGUUGGCAUAUGGACAUUCCUUUGCAGUAGAAAAUGAACACGAUCAAGCAAUGGCUGCUUAUUUCAAAGCAUCACAACUAAUGAAAGGAUGUCAUCUUCCACUUUUGUAUAUUGGAUUAGAGUGUGGUUUGACGAAUAAUCUAAAACUGGCUGACAAAUUCUUUCAACAAGCUCAAGGAAUAGCACCAAACGAUCCGUUUGUGAUACAUGAAAUGGGCGUUAUAUGUUUUUACAAUUUAGAUUACAAAAAUGCAGAACGAUUAUUUAAGGAAGCUAUGAAAAGCAUUCAGGGCGAUGUAAGAAACGUGAUUCUGCCCAGUAAAUGGGAAGCAUUAUUGAAUAACUUAGGGCACACUUGUAGAAAAAUGAAAAAGUACGACGAGGCAUUAGAGUAUCAUCAACAGGCGUUAGUCUUGGAUUCAUUAAACCCAUCGACUUACUCAUCGAUUGGUUUUAUUCACGCAUUAAUGGGUAACAUUCAAGAAGCAGUGGAUGCUUUUCAUAGAGCGCUCGGUCUCAGAAGGGACGACACAUUUACUGCAACUAUGUUGGGUUACGUAAUGGAACAGUUGAUUGAUGAGGCACCACCGUAUCCUGAUGCGCCUACGGAAAUACCGAAAUACAAAUCUGAGGACAGCGAAGUUAGACCGGAAAAUUCCAGCAAUAUGGGCAAUAGUUCAAAUGGUCAAGACAUCGAUAAAUUAAGAGUGAUUCUAUUCUCCAACAGUUGGGGAGAAAAUUCCGGCAAAAUGGGAAAGAUCCGAGAAGAUAGUACAUCUGGAAAACUCGAACGGCAGACACGAGACGCCGUUAAUUAUUCGACCGGCGAUACUUCCGAGGUCGAGAUGUUGGAUUCGUCGACCGCACAUAUAGAAUAUAAUUAAAUCUAUAAAUCUCUUUCUUAUGCAAUCAACGUAUGAAGCAAAUAGCUUUGCUUAAAGCAUAUUUAUUCUCCGUAGUAUGUAAUCUCGGCGUAUUAAAAUGAUAAUGUAAAUAAUGUAUAUACAUUUUUUAUAUACUCUAGUUUUGAUACAUCUUACAAAGUUAUAUGUGCGAAUUUCUCGUGGCAAGAUACAUUGCUUCGUUGAUAUUGUAUCAACUUACAUAUAUCAAACAUGUGUUAGCUUGAAAAAUAAAGGAUGCGAAGACAAUUCUAAUAAUUAAGUUCAGAUUUAACGAAUGUGUCGUAAAAUAUAA